CUUCGUCAUCUCGUCCACCCUUAUCAUCCCCAUCUCUAUUCCGGUCAACCUCUUCGUGAACUCACUCUACCUCAAAGAAAAAAAGGAGGUCGUAAUCAUACAGGUCGAAUUGUUAAUCGACAUGUCGGUGGUGGUCAUCGACGUAGAUUACGUACCGUCGAUUUCUACCGAUUAGAAGGUGGAGAACAUGAUGUUAUUAGAAUCGAAUAUGAUCCUGGUAGAUCUUCUCAUAUCGCACUUAUCCGACAAAAGCCGCAAAGAGAUGAAGUGAAAGCUGGUUGGUCAUACAUCUUAGCACCUGAAGGUUUAAGAGCAGGUGAUAUUGUAACUUCUUAUCGUUCUGGUAUACCAGCAGGUUUUGUUGAAGGUUGGACAGGAAUAGCAGGUCAAUCAGGAGAUACAUCAGAUUCUAGAGCUUUAGGUUUAUUAAGAACUGGUACUUUAAAGAUAGGUAAUGUUUUACCACUUUAUUUAAUUCCACCAGGAACUGUGAUACAUAAUAUCGCUUUGAGUGCGAAUGGGAAAAUGUUAUUAUGUAGAUCGGCAGGUAGUAAUGCUCAAGUUGUGGCACAUCAUGGACCUAAGGAUGGAAAGAGAAUAAAAAGUAAUGGUUCGGUAUUGAUAAAAUUACAAAGUGGGGAAGUUAGAAGGGUAGAACCUGGGUGUGUAGCAACCAUUGGGACAGUGAGCAAUAAAGAACAUCAUUCUCGACAACUCGGAAAGGCAGGUAGAUCAAGAUGGCUAGGUAUACGACCUAGAGUCAGAGGUGUAGCUAUGAACGCUGCGGAUCAUCCUCAUGGAGGUGGUCGUGGAAAGUCCAAGGGAAACAAACAUCCUCGAUCAAUAUACGGCUGGCUCACUCGCGGUAAACGAACCCGUCGACCAAAAGAUAAGAACGGUAAUAAAAUGUCAGUCCUCACUCUCACCACAUACCUCAUGUGCUCAGCUAAUAUUUUAGGGUUGUCAGUCAACGACCAAGGUUGCUCAAGCGACAAUGAGAUUACUAUCGUAGUUCAUCAAUCGCUUAUCGUUCCAUUGCCCCUUCACACAACUAUUUAA